CCCCGCUGAUGAAGAGCUGCGGCAGCCCAAAUGUUUCUACUUUCGACCCUCUUCGCUCCCUCGAUGCUCUUGCUGCCGCAACUGGGAUGACGUGAAGCUGCGGCAAGAGAGACAAUGCCAUCCGGGAUGCCACAGUCACGCGUGGUCGAACGCUGGAGUGUAACGCGAGGCGCCCGGGAAGUGUAUUGCUAUCAGAGUCUUGUUCUCGUGAAAGCCGACUUGAGAUGCUUAAGUCGGUGUCGCGAGUGCUGUCUCGCUCGUCUGGAGCUCAGCAUGCAAGGCACGCUUGGGAUGGUGAAGGCAGGUGCAGCAGCAGUAGCUAGCACACAUAAGCCACGCUCAGCAAGGGGCAGGCUUUGGGAUAUCGGUGUGGCCGGUCAGCGAAGUGAGCGUGGACGCGCAGAGAGAUGAGCGCUGUUCAUCUUGCGACUGCCGAAGGAGACGUCGUGGCAUCGAUGGUCAUGUUCGCGCGAACCACAACGGCGG